CGCCCGGCCAUCGCUCGGGACACUCGUGUGCUGUGCUCCUGCAAGCCGCUGUUGUCCUGUCACCUCUUUGGGAGUUUCUUCACUAGAUAAUAAUAAGAUAAAAUAAAUCAAAAUGGCGGCGUUCGUGGCGAAACAGAUGGUGGGGAACAAACUGAGCGCCGUUAAAGGCGCGGUCGGCGGUGACGGCGACGACAGCGAUGAUAAGGAGAAGGAAGAAGAGGCGGAGCGCGAGCGGCAAGAAGCCAUCCGCGAGGCCGAGGAGCGGCGCAAGGAGAAGCACCGUAAGAUGGAGGAAGAGAGAGAGAAGAUGCGCCAGGAAAUAAGGGACAAGUACAAAAUCCCCAAGAAGGAGGAGAUGGUGGAACAGCAGCAGCAGGAGCCCGACAACCCGCUGAUGAGGAAGAAGAAGACGCCCGAGGAGCUGGCGGCGGAGGCGGAACUGGAAGACCAGGAUGAGUUCACCAAGUUGAAAAACACGAUCGAGACGCAAGUGAACGAACUGAAAUCACAGAUCGAGAGCAAGUGUGUGAUGCAGUGAGCUCGCACGCUGUCUGAAUACAUGAUGUAGCUGCUAAGUCAUUGUUAAAUCGUUUCACAGCCCGAUCACACCCCAGAUCCCGAACAGACGUAUCGACAGAUGACAUUCGCUCAAAACGUAGAAGAGUUUUGGAUUCUAAAUUUUUUGGGAACGUAGAUGGUGGCGCGUUGGUGCUUGAUAAUGAGCAAUAAUAUUUUUAUACAUUGUGAAGAGCGACCCUCGAACACAGGAAACAGAGCGUCAGGUCAAAAAGUCAUCACCCGAGUGGUCCCGAGUGUGGAACGGUACACGGUUCACAUGUUGACGCUUGUGAUAAUAUAUUGUUAUUUAUGUGUAAUGAAUCGAACAUGUAUAUGGAUGACGUUUUUAUUUCCGGCACGCGUGGUACUCGACUGUCCCUCGCCUCUAGAUGUAAACUUACAUUGAAAUAACAAUGUAUUCGAUUUGUUUCAUCCAAAUUCCGCGUAGCUUCGUGUCUGCCUCCCGGCGAUUCUCGCUCCUCGCCAGUUUCAGCUCUUCGACUUUUGCCUCUAAAUCUUUUGCAUGCGUGCUUAUGCGUAUAUUGUGUCAUUGUAAUUUGUUUAGGUGUAUAUAACUGUAAUAACCUAGCCUUAUAAUCCACAUCGAAUAUAAUAGGUACGAUAUUGUUACUGGUACCGGGCCGCGUCCCAUCGUGAUCGUCGUUCUGUUCUUGCAUGUUUGAUAUAAGUCGAUGUUCGUUUAGAUUAAUGUAAGUAGAUAACGACAUCUCGUUGUUUUGACCGUUAAUUCAAUUAGAGUAGUCGAUGCGAGUUUAAAAUUUUUAUCGAUGUGUUAUGCUUAGGGUUAUAGUGACAAUGUGCGAGAACGUUCGAGCGAUUAACGCGUUUGGAUCUAGGGAAUCCCCUACCGGUCGCUGGAGGCACGCGGCAACGAAUUCCCCGUGAAUUUGCGCCUCGUGAGUCGCUAAUGGUUCGAAUGUUUUCUCCACUUAUUAAGCUGCAAAUGCAAAAGAUUUGUUAUCGUCAAAAGCUGUGAUAUAUGAAUAAAAUAAACUAAAUGUGCCGGAGCGGUCGGCCGCUCGCGCCGUUGACUACCGUUUAGCAUCUUGAUAUUUGACUCUCUCACUCUCACUACGAUCGUCUGACUUCACUCGGAUUACGAUCAUCCACUCUUCUCGUAGACUCUUCUUUCGAUUUGAUCAGCACAUCAUGUAUGACGAAUCAUUUUCGACGUUUAAUCGAUAUCUAGAGAACGCUUGCAAGUUUUGAGAUCAUUAAUGCCUACUUUUAUGUUACACGCAUCCUCAACUAGUCCUCGCUACACAGAACUACAACUCUUCGAUAUACACAUAUUGUAAAUACGAAAAAUCGAUAAUUUCAUAUCAAACUAUUGGAAAUUCUAUCUAUUUUCUGAACUAUAGAACGAUAUUUUCUCGCACUGUACGGUACAUUGAAACGUAUUUUCAUAGCUUCGAUAGAAUUACUUUAUGCACAUCUAGCUAUCAUAGAGCGUCCGGGUGCAGCGGCAUUGGGGGAGCUGCCGUUCCUACCUUUUCGACCUCGAGGACGGCCAGCUCCGCCGACGUCGGCGCACGCGGGCCACGGCCGGCGAGUAUCGACUCGUCCACUUUCCUCGUUCAAUCUUCACGAUCUUCGUAAUGUUAAGGUAUAAUAAUUCACCGUGUACGUGUGUUAGGCUAGGUUUCAUGUAUUACGGUACUAGCUCUAUGUAUGUGCAUGGCGAUUCUAGCUAAACUGUUGUUCGUAGUAAAUAAACAAUAAUAGUCGUAAGCGUUUACUGGACCCGUUUUUUAUAUAAUUUCAACGAGACCAAUGUUCACUUCACCCGCCCCCGAGGCUCAUGCUGUUCUCUCUUCUCUGUCGUAGUGAUCUAAUAUCUUCGUUGUUGGCUCUCACGUAGUUGUUAGAAUUAGAAGAUAUUUUGGGUACGUAGUGCGGUUAAGAUGAAACUUAUAAACUGUAUGCCGAUUGUCACUAAUUUAAAAAGCGAUGUUAACUGGUGUUGCAUGAGUGAGUACUUGAUGUGUGUCGUUUUCUCUAUCGAUGUUUCUAUCAAUGAUAAGUGCUUGAGGCUUUUUAACUGUAGGCUUUCGGUGUUCGAUUACUGUCCGCGGCUUCGACUCUAUGGAAUUUGGGUGAUAUCAAACGUUACUCGCUUCUCACGUGAAAUUAAUUUAGCUAAAUAAGUUCGAAAUGAUAGAAUUUACUAAGAGGUACAUACAAGGUAGACGUGUAGAUUAGACAUAAUUGUAAAUUAUUUAUGAUGCAUCACACACGGCAGUAGGAUAAGCACCUUUUCGACCAAUGCAGAAUCCUCAUAAGUGACGUAUAAUUUUGAUAAUCGAUCUUAUGACUCGAGCACCCAGGGUAAUAUUAGUUAUGUUAGAUUGUUUAGAACGUGACUUUUUGGCCUGCGAUGGCGUCUUGAUUUACCUAGUUCUAGGUUAGCGAGAUCCCGAUUCUGCUACUGCCACUGUAAAGGAUGCUGCGGUGUCGCCGGUUUUUCCUUUAAAUCUAACUGCAGCUGCUCGUCCCAGCUUGAUUCCACCCAGAAUGGUUGUGUUUUACAGUGGUGGUAAUUUGCUGUGAUUCAUUUGUCCCUUUUAACACUUUAUACAUUUUUUUUUCUUUUACAAGAAACGGAAACAACUGUGACCAAAGCUUUUUUACACGGUCCCGCUUAGGUUAUACUCACAAGACUCAAUUCGAUGUCCGUCGAUUUUGCCGAUUCACACAACCCAAAUUCUACGUCGGGAUCAGAUUUUUUUAUCAUUAAUAGAGACAACGACACUCACACAGGAGCUUUCAUACAUUCGCCAGUAUUACAUGUUACAUUUUGUAUAUAAGUCUUUCGAAUAGUAUAGACAUUGUUUUGACUCGAACUGACGUAAGUGCCACAAGAUUUGUUGUACAAGUUUUUGAAACAAAUUCUUAUCUUAAUCGUCUAAGAGGUGAAAAGGCUCGUGCGAAACUCCGAAUUAAAGAGGAGACGAAAUUAUGAACAUCAAUGUUGAUUAUGUUAUUUGCUGUAUGUGAUUUGUGAUCAUGGAUCUUUGUAAAGUUUUCUCUUUUAGGAGACGAAGGCAAAACUACUUUUUAUAAAUUGUGCGACUAUCUAAGUAACAGCAGACGCAAAAGACGACUUCUGAGCCACUUUUCAUUUUCGCCUCAACGAUAUUAAGUUCAAAUGGUGAUUCGUCAUUUUGCUUGCCAGUAGCAUCAAAACUUGGAAUGAUACUAACUUUAUCAAGGGUCCUCACUGAUGAAAUUAUACGUACUAUUAAAUCGACAUUUUACAUCUCAGUGCAAGUGAAAUGACGAAUCGGAGACACUAAUGUUACAAGUAUUUCGUCCACUUUCUUUUGUACUAACACUAGCUUUUAAUAUUAGUGACAUCUAGUGUUAAAAUAUGCAACUUUUACCAAAUAAUUAAAAAUUGUAAAGCAAAACGAUAAUCUCGGAUGGUUGAUUGUUAAAGGAAAGGGGUUAGAAUUUUAUCCAUUACAUUUAGAAUAUGGGAAACGAGAAGUUAUUGUUGACAAUGUUUUAGGUAUUAAAUUGGAUUGAGGUAUCAAUCACUUGUUAUAUUUUCCGUUCUCGCUUCACUGUCGACUCUAGUUUUGUUCUCACUUCCGUAGUGGUAGGCUUGUUCGCUGCGUUCGUUUCUAAUGUUGCUGAUUGUUAUAUGAUUUAAGAGGUCCCUAUUAGUUACGUAAAAAGUUUAGCGGCCGCUCGCGCGCUGCGGGCCGCCGAAAAUGUUGUUAAAUAAUAAAUUACAUUGUACCACCA